ACAGUUCACUCACUUGCAAAGCCAGCUGAAGGCAAGAGAAAGCACCGAGAGAGCUCCUUCGGUGUCUGUCUGUGUGGACCUGCUUGUCAGAAGGCUGAGAGAAGAUGAGAGGAAUGAACCUCCAGCUGGUGUGCCUGACUCUCCUGGCUUUCAGUUCCUGGAGUCUGUGUUCAGAUUCAGAAGAAGAUGUAAGAGCACUGGAGGCAGAUCUAUUGACAAAUAUGCAUGCAUCCAAGAUCAGCAAAGCAAGUCCUCCCUCUUGGAAAAUGACCUUGCUAAAUGUUUGCAGUCUCAUAAACAACCUGAACAGCCCAGCUGAGGAAGCAGGAGAUGUGCAUGAUGAUGACCUUGUUGGCAAAAGGAAACUUCCCCUUGUUCUGGAUGGUUUUAGCUUGGAAGCAAUGCUGACCAUAUUCCAGCUCCAGAAAAUCUGCCGCAGUAGGGCCUUUCAACACUGGGAGAUAAUUCAGGAAGAUAUCCUUGAUAAUGUCAAUGAUAAAAACGAGAAGGAAGAAGUGAUAAAGAGAAAAAUCCCUUAUAUUCUGAAAAGGCAGCUGUAUGAGAAUAAACCCAGAAGGCCCUACAUUCUCAAGAGGGGUUCCUACUACUACUGAGAAGCUAAUUCUUGACGUGUGAUUGUCAUUGAUUACCUGUUAUCUAGAUAUAUAUUAUGUUUAUCUAGAUAUAUAAGUAUAUGUGUGUAUAAAUGUGACAGAGCUUGAUUAUUUCAUCUUUUCCUUAAUUGUGCUUUAUUGGAUGUGAUUUUCCUUGCAUUCAUGUAAUUGGAUGAAGUGUUUUAAUAAAUGUAGAUCUUGAGCAUGAUGUGUUUGUUCUGUGUAAUUGGAAUAGAUAAUAAUCAUGUCAUAUGUAGAAUUGUAAUUUUGCAAGAUAUGUUGAGGGUCAUUUGAAGAGUCAUGGCAUUUAACAUCUUAUAAGAAAUCAUAAGAGAUUAUAACAAAAUUGAGCAUGCGUCAUUAACCUGAAGCAGAUCAAUGGCACCACUUUGAUUAUUCGAUUGCUUUAUUAUUAACUGAAUACACAGUGCUUUCCAUAAACUGCUAGUUCAUCUCUCAGCUCAAAGGAAAGUUACUAUUAUAUGAAGACCCAUGUGAAAGAAUUGUUAAUGAAACACCAUUCUUUAAUUUGAGUAUUUCUUUAUGUGGAUAUUUUGCCUGUCAAAUGAAUUGAUAGCUAAUAAAAGUCAACAGGCCUUCAGAA